CUUAGCCGUGUCGGCGGUGCAAAGUUUAUGGAAUUUUGACACAAACUCCAUAGUACCGUGCUAAACUUUGCAUUUUCCUCAUGAAUUACUGGUUACCAUCUUACCUGCAAGCCACGUUCAACUGUGUACCGCAUUUAGUAGACAUUGAAUCGUGGUUUGGCUCAUGAUGUUUUUUCGGUUUGUUGAUAAUUUGACCACAGUAAGAGCUAAGUUCCAAAAUGUUUAGAUGGCUAGCGGUGGUAGUGUUGCCAAGCUCAAACCGUUACCGUCUAUGAUUGCUCAGCCUGAUGAAGUCUAUUUACAAAAUAUGGAUGAGAAUGAAGUCCUCGCUGGGCUAGCUGAUAAGGCUAAUGGCACUCGACGAGCAGCUAUAAUCGAGGAGUUACGAGCCAGCGUUAGACGAAAUGGAGGACGUUUGUUGUUUGAAGAUCGCCAUGGUCUGUUUCAUGUUUUUCAGGGAGCCCUCUGCGAUAGCGACCCUAACGUUCGUCUGCGAUGCAUCGAAUUUAUCUCUGAUAUUAUCCCUGAGUUUGGCUCUGACUUGGACAAUUGUAUGUCUUUGGUUCUACCUCAACUUGUGUCGAACCUUGGAAAUCACAAUGUGACAGUAAAGAAAUCAUCCAUACAAACAUUACAUGUGUACAUGAAAAGCUCGAGUAACGUCGGUGCUGUAUUCAAUGCUAUUAUCGAACAUGGACUAGAAAGCGAAGAUAAAAGAACGAGGGCUGAGAGCGUUGUCGCUCUGCCUAUUUUAAUCACUCCAAAUCUCGCUCAUGAGGAUUUAUUUGUUUUAACGAAAGCGCUGGUCGCUCGCCUUGAAAGUUCCUCCCGACCCGAACCGAUGGUUCUUUCGUUAGACAGAAUUCGUAAUGUUGUGGGUCAAGACAGAUUUGACGAUUAUAUUCACCGUUUACCAAGUCAACAACAAAAGUUUUGCUUUGAUGCUGUGCAGCAAUAUGGGACUGCUAUUGAUAGAAGUAUAGAAAUGCCUGAGUUGAGAAAAGCAAAAAGUGCUGGCCACAUAAACUCAAAUGGUGUUAUUGAAUAUGAAGGGGACAAGAAUGGUGAACACAAAAACUUGGACAGGGGUCACACUAUAGCUGUAUCUAAGGGGUAUGCUACUAGAGAAAGCCUCCAUCUCAGCGAUGAAGGGGUAGAAUUUGGAUUUGUACCGAGAAAUGUGGUGACAAAAUUACGGGAUCAGAGUAAUUGGAGAAUUAGAGCACAGGGAAUUGAGGAGUUAAAAAUGGUUAUGAGCCACUUGACUGAUACCAGUACUCUUCUGCCACAUCUAGCAUCACUGUUUGGUCUCUUAUUGGACUUUCUGGAUGAUCUCAAUUUCAAAAUCACAGUAACUAGUCUUCAAAUUAUAGGGUUAUUGGUCGCCAAACUUGGUGUUGCUGUCGGACCUUUCCUAAAACCACUUGUUUGUGCACUUGCUAAUAAACUGGGUGACAACAAAAUUGUCAUACGUCAGGAGAACAUGAAGGUUUUGAUGCAGCUCAUGCAAAUACUGUCAGCCAAAUCUGUCUUGAAUGUAUUGACGUCUAGUCUACAGCACCCGAAAUCUAAAGUGCGGGAAGAGACACUUAAUGUUGUAAUAGGAGCCCUAUUGACGUUUCCAAGAUCUGAUUUUGACUUGCCAGAGCUCACAAAUGCCGUGGCUCCUGCCCUUGCUGAUAAUAAGAGGAAAGUAAGACAGGCAGCUUUGGAGGCUUUUGCUGUGAUUGCACAAGCAAUGGGUCCUGGGCACUUACAGCCAGUUGUAUCAGCUGUUGACUCAGUAGAGUUGACCCGGAGUGGGGAUGGUGUUAUGGCUGCCGUCCAGGCACGUCUGGCAAGGCGUCAACUUCCAAGACUAAACAGUGAUGGCUUAGUAGAGUAUGCUAUUCCAGUGCCAUCAUCUGGGACAGUAAGAGGGCAGAGUAAUGUUGUCAGGGGUGCAGAUAUUGAGUGGGUGUUGGCUGGUACAGGGGGUAGUGGGUCUGCUGAUAACCCAGGCUCUGCGAGAUCAACCCCAGGUCUCAAUGAUUCCAUGAAUAACUCGGGACCCAGUCCACGUAGAUACUUCAGUGCUGGAAAGAACAGGCUACCAUGGGAAGAAUAUAAAGAUUUGAAUCAGCUUGAUACAAAAGAACAAGUCCCUCCACCAGUCAGAAACUCAUGGGUGCCUGGAGAGAUUAGUGAGCGCCCCACCAAACGCAAACCCCCACAGGGUAUGGCAAGCCUUGGCAACACCCCAAACAGCGCCCCUAGCAGCACCUCCAAGCUAUCAGGGUCUGGUUAUGCUGACAAGUACCUGUCCCGUACUCUCCUUGCCAAUCAAAGCCCUGAAACACACAGUAAAGCAGAUACUUCCUAUGCUGAGUUAUACAAAUCUAAGAUUAAGAAAGAGAAGACCAAAUCAACUUAUGCCUCACCAAGCUCAGCAGGGUCUAGUGGCCUCUCUACACACCCUGGAGCUAGUACAGGGGCAGGAGGGAGCUAUGCCUUGCUCUACAAACGCGGGACAAUACAGUCGAAGGCUAAAGCUAGCAGCAGUGCUGAGCCAGCUAUCGGAGAUGGUUCCCCCAAGGAGUCCGUAGUGAGGGGUACACAGUCGGCCACACCUACAGGGAUGCCUAGUCAUGGAGGGUUUGUGCUGCCUGAUGAAGAGAUGCUCAAUAUGCAGAGGAAGAGCUUUGGAAAUGCCAUGUCCAAUUCUUGGCCCGACUGGACGGAUGUGCAUUCAACUGGUAGACCUUGGGGCAGGCUCUCUCCCGUCUUACAUGGGCCUGUUGCUGACCUUGAAUCCUUUGAGUAUGAUGGAGACGGCAAAAGACUUGCUUCAGAUCUUCACACCCCUGUCCCAGUCAAGCCUCAGCUAGCCCGGUCCGCUACCAAAACACGCCUCAAGAACCAAGAUAUUGUUGAUAACAUACUAGGGAUAGAUCAACUAGACGCAUCUCUCAGUAGGACCACACCCCUCGCCCCCGUCACAACUAGCAGUGGCGCCCCAGUGCCAGUCGCACAUCCUUCUACUGACCCCCUGAAGACAGUACAUAAGCAGGCUACUGCAAAGCGCGCCCUCAAAAUGUACCCAGGCGCGGUGGAUAGUGACGAGGGCGUUGUUCGCACACCCUCCCCCUCAGAAUUCUUGAAUGGAACAGGCUCCACCGAAGAGGCGUUCAAUGAGGUCGAGAGCUCCCCCUUCAACAACAAACCCCGCAUCGCUCGCACUCCAGUGCACUCCAGACGUCUAUCCUCAGACCAUGCCCAGAUCAAGCCCCCAACCUCUCCUCUCCCACCCGCACUAGACUCAGACGCCCUCGGUAUUACAGGCCACAGAAUUAUGUCCAAAGAUAUCAGCGGGAAAAACUCCGUGCUAGGGCCGACCCAAGGGUCUGGGCGGGCUAGUGAUGGUGGUACUUCGGGGCUGGGAAGCAGUGUGACGAGCGCUGAGGACCUCGGUGAGGUAUCCGUGGUUGGGCAGGCCAUGCUAAAGGGUGGAGCGGGCCAGGCAGACUUGCUAGAGGGGAAGAUAAGCGUGGAGAAGAAGCAGAACGGAAAGCUGGAGUAUGAACCCGAGGAAUCUGACGAAGAGAAUGAAGAAGAGGAUUCAGACGAGGAUGAUGAUGAUAAUGAUGAAGAUGAUGAUGAUGAUUCAGAUACCCAAAAGGAAGGUAGCGACGAAGAUGACGACGAGGGAGAGGAAGAGGAAGAGGCGGCUGUUCCAGUUGUAAAGGAAGAGAUUUUAGAACUUGAGGACCAGGAUAGUGAUAGCGAUGACGACGACGACGAUGAUGACGAUGAUGAUGACUGUAAAAAGAGCACACUUGAGCGUGACAUGACCCCAAGGACGAUGAGGAAGAGUUUGUCCAAGUCCACACGCGAGAGGAUGGAGCGCAAGCGACGGGAAGAGGAGGAGAGAGCCAAGGAACAGAUGCGAAUCGAGGAGAUCGAGCAAGAGAAGAGCAAGCAGCUGCAGCUACAGCAGAAGGAGGAGGAGGACAGGUUGAGGAAGAAGAUCAUGAAGGAGCAGCGGGAGCUCGAGAAGAUGUUGCAGAAGAAGGAGAAGGAGCGCCAGGUGGAGCGGCAGAAGCAGAAGCAGCUCCAGGAGCAGCUCCAGGAGCAGGAGAAGGCGCUGAGGGAGCGGCUGCAGAGGCAGCAGGAAGAGUUGGAAGAGAUCGAGAAGGUCAAGCAACUCGAGAAGGAACGAGAAAAGGAGCGUGCAAGGGAAAAGAUGCGCCAGAAGCAACUCCGGCUGCAGCGAGAAAGGGAGGAGGCGGAGCAUCAAGAAGCAGAGAGAAAGAAGGAAGAAGAAGCCAAGCAAAAGCUCAAGCAGAAGGAGGAUGCGCGCAAGAAGCUGGAGGAGGUGGAGAGGAGGAAAAGCCAGCAGCAAGCGGCCAAAGAAGCAGCAGAAAAAGAUUUAAGCGUGACCGGAUCCAGUACUCCCAUAAAGCCUGGCCGAGCUCAUCACAAGAAGCACAACACCUCUUCGGAACAAUCGGAACGGGACGCGGGUUACGCGGAGACGCAAGACACGUCGGACGCUCGUCGCCACAACAUCGCCUCCGCGUCGGCUGGCUCAUCGGCGGCGAUCUGGGAAGUGCCGGUCGACGACCUUAUGCCUUUUAACAAUCCCGAGUCAGCGCUCAAGGAUGCGCACAAGUGCCUCUCCAACACCGAGGAUUGGGAAGUGAAGUGUGAAGGUUUACAGUGCGUCCGUCGACUGGCCAAGCACCACCCGGAUACGCUGGUACCACAGCUGCAUACCUUGCUCCUAGCGGUCGGACCAGAGGCGAAGAACCUCCGUUCGCAAGUUAGUCGUGCUGCUAUAUGCUGUCUAACGGACAUGUUUGUCUGCCUGGGCCGAAAUAUGGACACAGAUCUGGAGUACACGUCCAAGAUCCUACUGACGAAGAGUGGUGAGACGAGCGGAUUCAUCAGAGACGAGGUGGAGAAGUGUCUACUAGCCAUGAUCUCUAACGUGACGGCCACGCGCGCCCUACUCGCUGUCACCUCUACGGGAUGCGGACACCGUAACGUGGCUAUUCGGAAGACCGCAGCUCAGUUCCUCAGCAUACUAGCGGAGCGCAUCGGUGCCAAUCGCCUGAUGAGCGGUGCCAAGGACGUCACCGAUCAUAUUUUACCCGCGGCUGCGCAAUUCGCUACGGAUGGCGGCUCCGAGACAAGGUAUUAUGGUCGUAAGAUCCUCUACGGCAUCUACGAUCAUCCGGAGUUCGACAAACUGCUGACCAAACACGUGCCUGCAAACCUACACCGGCAGAUACAUGACAUCGUCGAGACCCUUAGAACCAAGGGUUUGCCAAGUGACGUGUCGUCCGCGCGUCAUCGCAAGAACCCUGGAAGCGGUUCACACUCGCGAAGCAACAGCGGCACCGGACCCAAGGGCGGCAUUCGCGCCAGCACGAACGGCAGCUUGUUGUCGCCAGCGUCGUCAAGGGAGUCAUCUCGUGGACGGUCGGCACAUCAAGACACGCCUGUACAGGGUGAUGAACUCCUACCGGAAAUCGUCAAGCUACUUUCUUCCAAUGACUGGAAGGAGAGGGUACAAGGGCUGGACGUAUUUAUAGAACUGGCCGAGCGGAAUCCACACGGACUGGGCGCUAAGUUCACUAAGGCCUUUGAUGUUUUUAUACCUCGUCUGACUGACUCAAAUAGCAAGGUGAAUCUGUACGCACUUCAGUGCCUGCCCCGGAUCAUUCCCUCCUUAGCCGCGCAGUCGGGCGCACUUAUACCACCACUCGUGUCCGCUCUCACAUCAAACCUUGCAUCCAAACACUCUGGAAUCUUUAGCGCGGCCGAUGAGGGCCUCACUGCGCUCACCAAGCACCUGGACAAUGUAACGCUAGUGCAGCCAUUCUGUACGACUUCGCAGUACGGCAACAGUCGAGUUAAGCCCGUUAUGAUCGACAAGCUAUGCCUGAUCGUGACGAGCGUACACGCAAGAAAACCUCAGGUCGUUCAGCGCUAUGUUCUGCCUCUACUAUGGAGUCUACUGGGCGCGUCCAGCACCGGCAGCGCUGGGGCUGGCACUAGUGAGGUCAAGUCAUCUACAGUGCGGCUCGCUGAGACACUGUAUUCGUGUAUGGGACAAGGACUGCACGACCACGCCUCAACACAAGUGCCGAGAAUACAGGACCGCCUCAGGGAAAUAAUCAGCAAUGGGUCCUCAUAAUAGGGCGGCCGAUAGUGGGUACAGGCGGUAGGGUUAGCCCUCAUAAGACGCUUGGGAACUUUUCUUUGCUCUAUCUAUAGGUUGGUUCUCACCAGGACGCAAGCGCAAAGCUCGACAAUUCUCCGAUUCUCACUGGAACGCAAGCACAUGGGAACGCAACUGCUUGAUUUUUUUUCUACCGAUUCUUACUUGUGUUGUGCUUGCUUUUGCUUCCUAGUGAGAACCAGCCUUUAGAUACUUUCUGCUCGCUGCUUUAACUGGCCCUCCAUUUUAGCGGGCAGUGAAGAUAAAGCUCUGAGCAGAAAGGUGCAGCAGCUUGUUUAUUUUAUUUCCAGCGAUUUUGAUAUCGCACAUUUAACUCAUUCAAAACAGGCACAGGGCUCGUGGAUAUUUUUGCUUAUAUUUUUUGGCAAUCAGAGGCUAUUGUGUAGAGGUUUGACAAGUUUAGUGCUGGCAACAUCUGGUAGUCUAGACUCGGCAUUAUCACCAUAGUUAUAUCAACGCAAGUUUUAGCAACAAGUAUUUAUUAUGCGUCGUUAAUUAUAGGUUGUGGUACACGUUGUACUACUAGCCUACUUGUAAACUGCACAUAUUUUGUUUACAACAAUUUCCGGAUUUUUAGGAUUUGUAAAUAUAAAGUUAAUCAAGACGAACAAAGGAAACGAUUUCCAUUCAAUUAUAGACCGUGUUGACAUAUCGUGCAAAUAUAAAGUGUGGUGCCUUUA